AGAUAAGCUGGAUAAGGUUAUCAACUGCUACUUUUCAGAUUUUGAUUCUUUGUCUUGGCAGCUGUGUAUAGCUCGCAGGUAAGCAGGACCAGCACUGUUGUGUCCAGCCAGAAGAAGAAGAAGGACAAGAUGUUAACUCUCGCAGUGGGUUCAUCAUCAGCUGCACUGGCGCCUAUGGUUUCCGCGCACUCUACCUAUGGCAAUGCCUCGGUUCAUCUUCCAACUAUGCACUUUGGCUUCAAGGGAUCACAACCAUCGUCGCAUCUCUUCAUACCUACCACACCCAUUUCCUCCUUCAAGGCUGCUGUUGCCACUGUGGACUCAAAUGACCUCAGUUCAUCCUCUCAGAAUCCUCCUGACAAGGAACAAGCCAACAAGUAUUAUUUUGUUGUUGCAAAUGCAAAAUUCAUGUUGGAUGAAGAGGAGCACUUCAAGGAGCUCUUGUUUGAACGCCUUCGUCUUUAUGGAGAGCGUAACAAAGAGCAGGAUUUCUGGCUUGUGAUUGAGCCUAAGUUCUUGGACAAAUUCCCUAAUAUUACCAAAAGGUUAAAGAGACCUGCUGUUGCUCUAGUAUCAACUAAUGGUCCGUGGAUCACGUUUAUGAAACUAAGGUUGGAUCGGGUUUUGUCUGAUAGCUAUGAAGCCGACACACUAGAAGAAGCGUUAGCCUCCAACCCCACCACCCUAGAGUUUGAGAAGCCCAAAAAAUGGGUGGCACCAUAUCCAAAAUAUGAAUAUGGGUGGUGGGAACCCUUCUUGCUUGCUGGAUCUAAAGAAUCCAAAGUAUAAAGCACUUACCCUUCUAUUUUUGGCUUUUUAUUAUUAAUUAUUAGUUUUUAUCUAUCUUUUUGUUUUUAUCCCUCCCAAAAUUUGUGAGAUUUUUUUAAAUGCAUUAGCAACUAAUUGCCUAAGUUUCCGUUAUCAGCAUGACUGUAUACAAGUUAGAUGGUUAGCUUUGAUGUUGGCACCAAAGGUUAAAUUGAUUGUAAUCCAGAAUUUCACAUUUAAAUUCUGAAGAGCAUGUAAUAUGCCAAUGUCUAAUUGAGUGGCAA